GGCAUGGGAACUUUAUUGUGCGAACCGCGGCGGCCGAAGACCGAAUGUGGGAACUGCCGAGGUGAUCAGCGCGCCACAUCCUGGACCUGCCACAGCUGGAAACAUGGAGGUGGAGGAGGUGGUGGAGGUGGGAGAGGAUGCAUUCCCUCAGAGCAAGAAGAUCCGUUUGGUGGUGGUGCCAGAUGCUGAGGCAGGAGCACGAAAUGGCAAGGGGGACAUGGACGCAGGUGAACAGGCUGCCAGCGUCUUGCUGUACAGCAACAGUGGUCAGUUGGUUCGGGCUGAGAUAAUGGUGGACAGUCUGAAUGAAAAUAUCAUUGCUGUACCGCUUGGAACAGAUCUUGCAGACUUUACUAAGAAGAGCAAGUCUCCUCAGCACUCUGAGGAUGGACCUGAGGUGCUUAGGAUUCUGGAGACCCCUGGACAAACCCCCAAGAAGCCUAAGAGCAGCCCAGUCCUGAUGGUGCGGACAGUACAGACCCAGGCAGCACAGAGUAAUGCCACUGUGACCAAGCUCUCCACUUCAUCUGGUCACAUAAGACAAAAACAGGUCACUCAUGAUACCAUUUCCAAAACAUUGCUUCAUUCUGAGGUGUCAGCCAGACCACAGUCCAAAACUAAUACUGUCAACAAGAUACUGAUUGCCACCGACGCACAGCAGCGGUCCCACCACGAUGACCUCCUUCCCUCCACCAAAGUAGCUGUGCCGGCAGUGGAGGUGAAGUCCCAACUCUCAGGGUUCUCAGAGGAAAACCUUCCUGCCUUCACCAGUGCCAUUGACAAGACUGCUUCUCAGGGAAGCAUUGGAGAGGAGGAGUCUGGCAGCCCCACGACAGUGAUAAUGCGCCUCAACAGCCUUGAUGGGCUGGAGCUUGACCCUGUCUUCCAGGCGACUGAAACCCUUGCUGAAACUAACUCAGAGAGUGGUAUGAACAAAAGUGAAGGCCUUGGUGUAGAGGAGGUACAAGUGGACCUCCAGUCUUCCACUGCAGGUCAGGUGGAGGCAAACAAUGGAAGUGUCAACCAGAGUUGGUUCACAUCCCGGGAGGACAAAGCAAUGCUACGCUGGCGGGGACACGCUUGGCGGCAGGGCAUGUGGUCCAGGGAGGAGACUGAUCUGCUGCAGCAUAACAUUGAGCAGUACUGUGCCCAGCGGGGAGUGUCUGACCCAGGCUCUGUUAUAUUCAAGAUGUCCAAAGAGGAACGCAGUGGCUUCUACAGAGUGAUAGCAAGGGGUCUCAACCGGCCACUUUUCUCCAUCUAUCGCAGAGUUAUCAGACUAUAUGACAACCACAACCACAUUGGGAAGUAUUCAUCUGAAGAAGUCAGCAAGCUAAGGGAACUUCAUGUGAAACAUGGCAACAACUGGCAGGCCAUUGCUGCACACCUGGGGAGAUCUGCUGCUUCAGUCAAGGAUCGUUGCCGACUCCUCAAUGAACACUGCAACCGAGGCACAUGGUCCCCUGACGAGGAGGACAGACUAGCAGCCGCAGUGUAUGACCUGGCUCAAGUACUGCCAGGGGAACAGGUGACUAGUGGAAUUUCUUGGGGCGAAGUUGCCAGAAGGGUGCGGACUCGGUCAGAGAAACAGUGCCGCACAAAGUGGCUCAACUACCUCAACUGGAAACGCACAUCAGGAGUGGAGUGGAGUAAGGCAGAUGAUGUCCAGCUUAUCUGCAGACUGAGUGUGUGUGGAGCUGGCGAUGAAUCACAGGUGGACUGGACAGCUUUGGCCCGGGUGUGGCCUGCCUGCCGAUCCCCACAUUGGCUGCGUGGCAAGUGGUGGAACCUGAAGAGACGCCUUUCACCCUCUGUGCAGGAGCUGGGACUCAGUGAUAUGUGUCAACACCUGUACAACCAACAGUCCCUCAGUCUUCUGCAGUCCACCUUGGUGGAGCUUCCAGCCACCUUUCUCAAUUCAUCCAGCCAAACAUCACCUGCCCACUCUUCCCUGUCUGAAGGCAAAUCUCCAUCCCCUCUUGGGUCCACCCAGCAGGACUGUGUGGAUCUCUCUGUCAGCACUGUGAAGCUCUGUAUACCUGCUGCCAAUUUUUCUCAUAUCAUAAACUCAGAUGACAAUGAGGAAGACUUCCACUCAAGGCUCAAUGGAUUGGUGCAGAGUGCACUGUUGUCUCAUGGAGUACAAGUACGUAGCUGCAACUCUGCCUCAGAAGUGGUGGUGUCAGAAUCAGCAGAUACUCAGACACAGGAGCAUUUCUUGAGCACCUCCUCCCAGCUGGCAGACUCCCUGGCCUCCAGCUCACCUCCUUCUGACAAGAACUCUCGGGCUAUUGUGGUUGAAGCAGUGGAGGACUCUCUUCCACUGCACCUGUCAGCUGUGUCUCGAGCAGGUGUGGGCCGGGCCUCUCUCUUGGGUCAUGGAGGCCUUGGUGGUGGAGUGAAGGAAGAGGACAUCCUGAGUGACAGUGAAGGAGGACACACCACCACCCUGGACCCUUCUUCUCCUGUGGUCUCCUCCAAGCUCAUCCUAAAUGACCCAAUUCUAUCAGUGUCUGGAGAGCCUUUGGGUGGUGAGGAAGGGCUGCAGGCUGAUCCUGAUGACUCCCACAUCUGCACAGGGCUGGCUGGGGACUAACACAUCCUGUCAGCUGCACUGCAACUCACAUACUUUGCCUGACCAGCAAAAAACAGUGCAGGAGUGAGUGAGGGGCGGCGGCUAUCGUGCAGCACCCACCUCGCUUUACACUUUCCGGCCACAUCCACAAUGCCUGAGAAGAUGGAGCUAUUAGGUUAACUUAUUUCCAUAACUUGAUACCAUAAAAGUAACUUUAUUCUUGCAGCUAGGGAACUAGAUUGGUACAUGAUAUAUAUAUUUAAGGAAGCCUGAAUAUUAGAAUGAUUUUUUUUGGUCUGUAAUUGAGCAGAAUAUAAGCUAAGUUGUCCAGGGCUCAGGGUAACCAGUGUUGUAGUCUCUUGUCUCUCAGCAAGAUGGAGUUGUAGUGCCUCCCCUGUGUGAGUCCCAUUUAGAGCCAAGUAUAGUGGUGCCUCACAGUCUGAUAAGGUUGGGUUCUCAAGUAUUAUUAAUUAUUUAAAUUGAUUAUUUGAAGGAAAGUAAUUCUAUAAUAAUGUUUAUUCAUAAGAAUUUUUUAUUACCAAAAGCUACAUUAUGAUAAGAUAAUAUUUAUCUUGCAUGAUUUUUUUAUUCUUAACAAGAUAAAUCAUAGUAGAUGCAAUACAUGUUUAAUUUCCUCCACCAUACACUUGAGAGGAUAAGUGCCUCCAGCCUUCAGAGUGGUCAGAACACCAAGCAGUUCCUCUCACUCCAGACUUGCAAUAAAUUAUUUCCAAAGGUCUUCCUUUACUAGCUGUAAGUUUUGUUGCAUGUCAUGAUUUACAGGAAAGUGUUUCACUGAAAGGUAAAUUGAGCAUUUCUUAUGGUUAACAACUACACCUAGCAGGACAAUUACUGCUCCAAAUCUGUCAUUUUACUGAGUUACUCUUUUAUCAUUUAAUUUGUAUGAAAGACAUUACAUAGUUUUUACAUAUGUAUAACAUCAAUAAUGUUGGUGAGAAUAGCCACAGUAGUUUUUUUUUUUUUUUUUUUUUUUUUUUUUUUUUUUUGCUGGACCUGUAUUCUUAAACACUCAGGACUUGGUAUUUUCAAAAGUCACAGAUGAUUAAAUGGAUUCUUGUGAGUGUUCUUUCUCACGAUUGUUUAUUCUUGUUAAACUUCCACUAGAAUGCUGAAAACAUGCUUGAAAAUCCCUAGUAACUCAAACUAAAGCCUGUUAAGUAGUAGUCAAGGUAAGGACUGAAAUGUUUGAGAAUGUGAUCCCUGGAUGUUAAAAGAUAUUACAAUGGUUGAGUUAUUAGGGAGGACAAAAAAAAAAAAAAAAAAGAAUAGAAACAUGCUUGGUAACUAGUAGGUGAAUGAUAUAAGUUUUGCAAAUGUUUUGUUGUCUUUUAUACAAGAGAUACAGAGAGAGAAAUAGAUAUGAUGUAUGUCUUUUGUUCCUUAUACGUACUUGCUCUUUAUUGAUGAGAGGUGUACAAAUAUGAGAUUACAUGAAAAAAGGAAGCUAGAAUGUCUAGUGUAAGUACUUCAUAAAAUCAAUACUUACUAAAUUAUGUAAAGUCAAACAAGCUGUGUGAUAACUGGAGUGGAUGUUCCCUCAUUGUAUUAAGAAAAGAUCUUAUUUGGCUUCAGUAUUUGACCACAAAUAUUUUGAUAUAUUUGCAGUGAAUGGAAAUAAGAAAGGGAAGACAAUCCACUUAUGCUUGAACCAUUGUAAGAGGAAGUAUAUACCAUGGAAUAGUGAUACAUGAGGGAGUAGUGAAAUGCUGUUGGGUGAUGGAUCACAUAAAACCUUUUGGCCUCUUAAUCAUCAGAGUGAAUGUAGAUUACAAAACAUAUAUUUUAGUGUAUACAUUUUGUAUAGAAGUUGCCAUUGAUCUGUGUAGUUGCUCUUUCUAUCUGUAGUGUUUGUCCUCAACUCAUUCCAUUAGGACAGAGUAGGCAAACUACUCCUUAGACACACCAUAAGCAAAGAGCUAAUUACCUUAACCCAGUCAAUAGGGUUGUUUGGGGCAUAACACACAAACUAGAGAGAGUAGAACUGAGUAUCGAGCAGUGUAUUCCUUGAGUUCUUGUAAAACAUUUAGGAUGUAUGUUGAGGAACCACUGUAUGUUGUAUACAUAAAUAUAAAUUUGUCAAUCACUAAAAGUCAAGAAA